AUGAUUAAAACACGGGCUGCUAGAAGGAAGGAGCUGGAAGGCACACAAGAUCAGCCUCAGCAGUCAGCGGAUGAGAAACCGAAAAGUGAUGGAGGACCUACAGAUAUCCUGGAGAAAGGUAUACCCGUCAAAUAUCCACCUUCUGAAAAGUCCAGACGAUCCUCCUCUUCUUCAAUUCGGGCUCAGAGACACAAGUUGGAGCUGGAGGCAGCAAAGGAAAAAGCUCGCAUUCAAAUGGAGCUUAUUGACAAAAAACUCGCGGCCGAUUUAAAUAACCUAGAAUACAGUUCACGCUCAUCGAGGUCGCAUACCAACGAGGAAGUUGAAAGAUGGUUAGAGCGCAGCCAACAACUGGAACAGCCUGCCCCCGAGGAUGCUCUUACUACGGGUGGGUUGUGCCCGCCAGCAACAGAGAACGCUACUACAGGUAACGCUGCCGCUGGCAACGAUUAUGGUACCGUACAAAUGUUGGCCAGCACACUCAAGGACUUAGCCGCCGCUUCAACAUCUCACAGUAGAAGUGCCAAUUUAUUGAGCCGUAUAUCUACGCCACAAGACUUACCCAUGUUUAGUGGCGACCCUAUGGACUGGCUUCAAUUUAGACAGGCAUACGAAGAGUCUACACAGGUAUGCAACUUCAGCCCUAAAGAAAACUCAUGGCGUCUGCGAAAGUGUCUUCAUGGACCAGCAAAAGAAGCAGUAACAGCUCUUCUCAUUACCGCCACAUCGCCUGACGUAGUAAUGGCAACUUUGGAGCUGCAAUUUGGUAAGAGAAACGAACCGUGUGCAACCCUGACUCCUCUAGGUUGGUGUUUGCAUGGGCGCGUACCUGCUCAUUUGGCUGGAGAGAGGACCUGUCACAUUAAUUUAUAUCUCAGCAAGGACUUGGAAGAAGCUCAGUCAGAACAGCGAAUAUUAGCAGAACUUCAUGAUGAGAUUUCCUAUAGAUUCCGUGAUUGCAAAUGGCUGGAGAGCGAUUAUACAGCAGAUUACGUGAUGAACGACUAUACAGAUGAU